AUGCUGGCCACUCGGGUGCUUGGCUUCUUCCUAUGGAGUCACCUUGGUCUCGUGUCGGCUGCUCUGCAGCUGGGCCUGGAGGGGAUCCCAAACUGCGCCGUCAACUGCAUGUUGGAAGCGCUCCCCGAAACGAACUGCUCGCCGGUCGACCAAGCCUGUCUCUGCGCCGACAAGAAAUUCAGCGCGACUGUCGAGCCCUGCGUACGGUCGCUAUGCACCAUCGAAGAGACUCUGGUUGCCACAAACGGGACCUGGUCGCGUUGCGGGUUCGCCUACACCGACGACAUGACCAAGAUCCGCUGGGUCAGCGGAGUCGUGACUGUUUGUGCGAGUAUCUUCAUGGUGAUGAGGCUCACGACGAAGGUCGCGAAACUGUCGACCUGGGGCGCGGACGACACUGUCGCCGUCGUGGCAUUUGUAGGUCGAGCCUCAUGUAGUGUCGCGCAAUGCGUCUUGUCGUGGGCUAACAGAGGUGGAAAAAAGGUCGUAAUCGUGGGCUUAUACGUCGAGUCGUUCUACUUUGCCGAGGCCGGCCUUGGAAAAGAUAUCUGGACGUUACUCCCCGAUGAGAUUACUCACUUUCUCAAGCUCCUCUUCGUUCUCGAAUUCUUCUACCUCGUCGGCCUGGCCGUCAUCAAAGCCUCGAUCCUGUUCUUCUUCCUGCGCAUCUUCCCCGAGCGACGCUUCCGCCGGGUCCUCUGGCUGAUGCAGGUCCUCAACAUGCUCGUCUGCCUCUCCUUUGUGAUUCUCUGCUUCGCCCAGUGCCGCCCCUUCUCGCACUUCUGGACGGGCUGGGACGGGAAGCACGAGGGGAAGUGCCUCGACCUGAACAAGAUCGGCCUCAGCCACGUCGCGCUCAACAUCGUGCUCGACGUGUGCAUGCUCGCGCUGCCCGUCACGCAGAUAUACAAGCUGCAGAUGGACCGGAGGAAGAAGAUUGGCGUGAUUGCCAUGUUCCAAGUCGGUGUCUUCCUCACCGUCGUAAGCAUCUUGCGAAUCCGGACCAUGAGGGACUUUGCAACGUCUCUGAACGUCACCGCCGAUUCCGUCGCCGUUGUCCUCUGGGCCUACGUCGAGCUGGGCGUGGGCGUCGUCGUGGCGUGCAUGCCCAACGCGUGGCAGCUUCUGAAGAUGAUCCCGUCCAAGGUCACGCAGCUGACGACGACGGUGACGUCCAACAUCGGGUCGUCGGUGAGCCGCACGCGGCCCAACUCGCAGGUGUUCCCGGAGAAGCCGCGCAAGGUGUCGAUGGCGGAGACCAUCUCGAACCGGUCCGAGACUGUGGUGCCGUCGGCGUCGAGCUCUCGACGUGCGAGCAAGAAUUCAGAGCCGGUGGGCUAG